AUGGCCUUGCGCGGCAUCCUUUUCUCCCUCCUUCACUUCGACCUGGUGGAUCUGUCCCUGGCGGAGGGCGCGGAGGCCGCGGAAAGCUCCACACGCUUUCUGCGGGGACGCCAGCUGCAGACCGACAGUCAGCGUUUGGUGCAAGCGCAAUGCAAGCCAGGAUACUCUGACGUCACGAAUGGCCAGGCCUACUACUGGUCAUGCGCUCAUUACUGCGAAGGUGGCAAAUACUAUGCGACGAAAGGCUGCAUUUGUGCCUGCCUUACUCCCAAGCAGGAAGAGGUUUGGCUCGCCUCUGGUGGAGUGGCCGGUUCUGCGGAUGGAGAAGCAGACGGGUCAACAGAUGUUGGACGGAUUCUGGUGACGCCCUUGCCACGAACAACAACGGUACAAGACCGCGGACCGGUGCAACCCAUUCCCAUUGGUGAGCUGAACGGCGGGGAGUGGCACGGAUCGCCCAGCGUGGUCGAAGGCCCAAUUCUCCCCAGUCGCUGGGCCACCACCUCUGGAGCGCCCGACGUGGAGAGCGAGGAUACCGGUUUGGACCUGAUGCUCUUGUCGCUUUUGGGUGCUGGUUGUAUCGUGGCUGUGGCAGUGCUGGGCUUGGUUUGCUUUAACUGGCGGACAUUGUUAGGAAGCUGCACAAAGAAGAAGCGUGAAUCACCCAAAGUCUUUGCUCAAUCACCGGUGCUGCAGUUGCAUUUGCCCAAGGAUUUGUGUCCGCAGCCCGUGAUCAACCUUGACCUGUCAUCGCGGAGGUCCAGCAAGACCAGUGAGGGAGCAAUUGCAACGACCGGCCCAGCAGCCGUUGCGCCCAGCAGCCGUCGCUCAAGCAAGGCUUCAGGUGUCAGUGUCGCAGUGGCUUCAGCACGACCGGAGCGGAACCUCUUGAAGCCUCCACCCGCACGGGACUACAUCCCCAGUGACGUAAGUACCUGCAGCGGCGUCAGCAGUGCAGAGAGUCUUCAGAGCUGGGCCCAUCGAGUGGAGAAGCCCCACAGCGGGAGCAGUGGACGGCAGUUGACACCUGAGCCGAAAGGCAGUCGGAGCUCGAGUCGACGUUCCAGUCGUUCAAGUCGGAAGAUCUCCAAGGUUAAGCCCUUGGAAGGUCAGACUUCGGCUUCGCACUAA